AUUCACUGUACAACCAAGGACGGGCUAAACGGAGAGUGGAGUGCGCGUCCCCCUCGGUGUGGAGAGGUUAGAUGCCCAGCCCCGCAGAUCCGGAAUGGAAGAAGAGUAUCUGGUGACAGAAAUGUCUAUUCGUAUAGAGACAGUGUUACCUUUGAGUGUGAUCCCGGCUACACUAUGAAGGGUCACAGUCUGAGUCAGUGCCAAACUGAUGACACGUGGGAUCCACCUUUGCCCGUCUGUGAGCUAGUGACAUGCAUAAGCCCAGAAGUGGAGAAUGGCAGAACAAAUGGGGUACAGCCUGCCUACAGACCCAGAGACCUCGUUGUGUUCGAAUGUGACCCUGGUUUCACCUUGAGUGGCAGCCCUGAGACUCGGUGUCAAGAUGAUGGUAGAUGGGAUCCUCCUGUCCCUGUCUGUGAAAGAAUGCUGCAGUGUCCCUCUCCUCCAGCCAUCGCCAACGGGAAGACCAGCAUCCAGGCCUCGGCAGUGUUCACCACUGGAACGUCUGUAAAUUACAGCUGUGAGCCCGGCUACUCCCUUACUGGGCAGGCAUCUAUUUAUUGUACGGCAUCCGCAACGUGGAGCUCUCUCCCCCCUCAAUGUGAAGAGGUUCUCUGCAUCACCCCAGAAAUCCAGAAUGGAAGAAAAGUAGCUGGACAUGGACCUGUCUAUAGACCCAGGGACACGGUUAGGUUUGAAUGUGAUCCUGGCUACACCCUGAAUGGCAGCCGUCAUAUUCAGUGCCGAGAUGACGGAACCUGGGAUCCUCCUGUUCCAGCCUGCAUACAGGCGUUGCCGUGUCCCCCACCUCCAAUCAUUGUGAAUGGGAAGCACAAUGCCAAGCCAUUGACAGCUUUCCCCAGUGGAACAUACGUGAACUACAGCUGUGAACCCGACUACGCACUCCGUGGAGAGGCUUCGAUCUAUUGUACCACAUCUGGAACGUGGAGCCACCCUUCUCCUCUAUGUGAAGAGGGCUGUGGUGUCCCAACAAGGUUAAGCUUUGCUGAGCUGAAGAGCGAGUAUAAAAAUCAGUCUUCCUUUCCUGUUGGGAAGACUAUCAACUAUACUUGCCGCCCUGGAUACAGUAGACACCCGCGGAUGCAAUCCACUCUUACAUGCCUUGAAAAUCGAACGUGGUCAGAAGCCUUUGAGUUCUGUAAAAAGAAAUCGUGUGGUCAUCCAGGAGAGCCGGAGAAUGGCAGAGUUAUUAUAACAGAUAUCCAAUUUGGGUCAACCGUCACCUUCACAUGUGAAGAAGGGCACCGGUUGAUUGGAAAGCCUUACAGACGAUGUGAGAUUUAUGGCAUGCGUGUUGCAUGGAGUGGUGAAGUUCCCAUUUGUGAACGUAUUCCGUGUCUUCCGCCUCCUGACAUCCCCAAUGGAAGGCACACUGGGGUGAUAAUGGAUGGCUUCUCUUAUGGGUCAGUUGUAACCUACAAAUGUGAAAGUAGUUACCCGCUCACUGGAGAGGCCACUAUUCACUGUACAACCAAGGACGGGCUAAACGGAGAGUGGAGUGCGCGUCCCCCUCGGUGUGGAGAGGUUAGAUGCCCAGCCCCGCAGAUCCGGAAUGGAAGAAGAGUAUCUGGUGACAGAAAUGUCUAUUCAUAUAAAGACAGUGUUACCUUUGAGUGCAAUCCCGGCUACACUAUGAAGGGUCACAGUCUGAGUCAGUGCCAAACUGAUGACACGUGGGAUCCACCUUUGCCCGUCUGUGAGCUAGUGACAUGCAUAAGCCCAGAAGUGGAGAAUGGCAGAACAAAUGGGGUACAGCCUGCCUACAGACCCAGAGACCUCGUUGUGUUCGAAUGUGACCCUGGUUUCACCUUGAGUGGCAGCCCUGAGACUCGGUGUCAAGAUGAUGGUAGAUGGGAUCCUCCUGUCCCUGUCUGUGAAAGAAUGCUGCAGUGUCCCUCUCCUCCAGCCAUCGCCAACGGGAAGACCAGCAUCCAGGCCUCGGCAGUGUUCACCACUGGAACGUCUGUAAAUUACAGCUGUGAGCCCGGCUACUCCCUUACUGGGCAGGCAUCUAUUUAUUGUACGGCAUCCGCAACGUGGAGCUCUCUCCCCCCUCAAUGUGAAGAGGUUCUCUGCAUCACCCCAGAAAUCCAGAAUGGAAGAAAAGUAGCUGGACAUGGACCUGUCUAUAGACCCAGGGACACGGUUAGGUUUGAAUGUGAUCCUGGCUACACCCUGAAUGGCAGCCGUCAUAUUCAGUGCCGAGAUGACGGAACCUGGGAUCCUCCUGUUCCAGCCUGCAUACAGGCGUUGCCGUGUCCCCCACCUCCGGUCAUUGUCAAUGGGAAGCACAAUGCCAAGCCAUUGGCAGCUUUCCCCAGUGGAACAUACGUGAACUACAGCUGUGAACCCGACUACGCACUCCGUGGAGAGGCUUCGAUCUAUUGUACCACAUCUGGAACGUGGAGCCACCCUUCUCCUCUAUGUGAAGAGGGCUGUGGUGUCCCAACAAGGUUAAGCUUUGCUGAGCUGAAGAGCGAGUAUAAAAAUCAGUCUUCCUUUCCUGUUGGGAAGACUAUCAACUAUACUUGCCGGCCUGGAUACAGUAGACACCCGCGGAUGCAAUCCACUCUUACAUGCCUUGAAAAUCGAACGUGGUCAGAAGCCUUUGAGUUCUGUAAAAAGAAAUCAUGUGGUCAUCCAGGAGAGCCAGAGAAUGGCAGAGUUAUUGUAACAGAUAUCCUCGUUGGGUCAACCGUCAACUUCACGUGUGAAGAAGGGCACCGGUUGAUUGGACAGCCUUACAGACGAUGUGAGAUUUAUGGCACGCGUGUUGCAUGGAGUGGUGAAGUUCCCAUUUGUGAGCGUAUUCCGUGUCUUCCGCCUCCAGACAUCCCCAAUGGAAGACGCACGUUAAUGAAAAACUUCUUUUAUGGGUCAGCUGUAACUUACAAAUGUGACAGUGGUUACCCACUCACUGGUGAGGCCUCUAUUCACUGCACAACUGAGGACGGGCUAAACGGAGUGUGGAAUGCGCGUCCCCCUCGUUGUGGAGAGGUUAGAUGCCCAGUCCCACAGAUCCAGAAUGGAAGGAGAGUAUCUGGUGACAGACAGGUCUAUUCGUAUAAAGACAGUGUUACCUUUGAGUGUGAUCCCGGCUACACCAUGAAGGGUCACAGGCUGAGUGAGUGCCAAACUGAUGACACGUGGGAUCCACCUUUGCCAGUCUGUGAGCCAGCCACGUGCGUAAACCCAGAAGUGGAGAAUGGCAGAACAAAUGGGGUACAGCCUGCCUACAGGCCCAGAGACAUUGUUGUGUUUGAAUGCGACCCUGGUUACACCUUGAGUGGCAGCCCAGAGACUCAAUGCCAAGAUGAUGGUAGAUGGGAUCCUCCUGUCCCUGUCUGUGAAAGAAUGCUGCAGUGUCCCUCUCCUCCAGCCAUCGCCAACGGGAAGCCCAGCAGCCGGGACUUGGCAGUGUUCACCAGUGGAACGUCUGUAAAUUACAGCUGUGAGCCCGGCUACUCCCUUACUGGGCAGGCAUCUAUUUAUUGUACGGCAUCUGGAACAUGGAGCCCUCCCCCGCCUCGGUGUGAAGAGGUUCUCUGCAUCGCCCCAGAAAUCCAGCAUGGAAGAGAAGUAGCUGGACGUGGACCUGUCUAUAGACCCAGGGACACGGUUAGGUUUGAAUGUGAUCCUGGCUACUAUCUGAUUGGCAGCCGUCAGAUUCAGUGUCGAGAUGACGGAACCUGGGAUCUUCCUGUUCCAGUCUGCAUACAGGUGACAUGCGUAAGCCCAGAAGUGGAGAAUGGCAGAACAAAUGGGGUACAGACUGCCUACAGACCCAGAGACAUCAUUGUGUUCGAAUGCAACCCUGGUUACACCUUGAGCGGCAGCCCCGAGACUCAGUGCCAAGAUGAUGGUAGAUGGGAUCCUCCUGUCCCUGUCUGUGAAAGAAUGCUGCAGUGUCCCGCUCCUCCAAUCAUCGCCAACGGGAAGCCCAGCAGCCGGGACUUGGCAGUGUUCACCACUGGAACGUCUGUAAAUUACAGCUGUGAGCCCGGCUACUCCCUUACUGGGCAGGCAUAUAUUUAUUGUACGGCAUCCGGAACGUGGAGCCCUCCCCCGCCUCGAUGUGAAGAGGUUCUCUGCAUCGCCCCAGAAAUCCAGAAUGGAAGAAAAGUAGCUGGACGUGGACCUGUCUAUAGACCCAGGGACACGGUUAGGUUUGAAUGUGAUCCUGGCCACACCCUGAAUGGCAGCCGUCAGAUUCAGUGCCGAGAUGAAGGAACCUGGGAUCCUCCUGUUCCAGCCUGCAUACAGGCCACGUGCGUAAACCCAGAAGUGGAGAAUGGCAGAACAAAUGGGGUACAGCCUGCCUACAGACCCAGAGACAUUGUUGUGUUUGAAUGCGACCCUGGUUACACCUUGAGUGGCAGCCCAGAGACUCAAUGCCAAGAUGAUGGUAGAUGGGAUCCUCCUGUCCCUGUCUGUGAAAGAAUGCUGCAGUGUCCCUCUCCUCCAGCCAUCGCCAACGGGAAGCCCAGCAGCCGGGACUUGGCAGUGUUCACCACUGGAACGUCUGUAAAUUACAGCUGUGAGCCCGGCUACUCCCUUACUGGGCAGGCAUCUAUUUAUUGUACGGCAUCUGGAACAUGGAGCCCUCCCCCGCCUCGGUGUGAAGAGGUUCUCUGCAUCGCCCCAGAAAUCCAGCAUGGAAGAGAAGUAGCUGGACGUGGACCUGUCUAUAGACCCAGGGACACGGUUAGGUUUGAAUGUGAUCCUGGCUACUAUCUGAUUGGCAGCCGUCAGAUUCAGUGUCGAGAUGACGGAACCUGGGAUCUUCCUGUUCCAGUCUGCAUACAGGUGACAUGCGUAAGCCCAGAAGUGGAGAAUGGCAGAACAAAUGGGGUACAGCCUGCCUACAGACCCAGAGACAUCGUUGUGUUCGAAUGCAACCCUGGUUACACCUUGAGCGGCAGCCCCGAGACUCAGUGCCAAGAUGAUGGUAGAUGGGAUCCUCCUGUCCCUGUCUGUGAAAGAAUGCUGCAGUGUCCCGCUCCUCCAGCCAUCGCCAACGGGAAGCCCAGCAGCCGGGACUUGGCAGUGUUCACCAGUGGAACGUCUGUAAAUUACAGCUGUGCGCCCGGCUACUCCCUUACUGGGCAGGCAUCUAUUUAUUGUAUGGCAUCCGGAACGUGGAGCCCUCCCCCGCCUCGAUGUGAAGAGGUUCUCUGCAUCGCCCCAGAAAUCCAGAAUGGAAGAAAAGUAGCUGGACGUGGACCUGUCUAUAGACCCAGGGACACGGUUAGGUUUGAAUGUGAUCCUGGCUACACCCUGAAUGGCAGUCGUCAGAUUCAGUGCCGAGAUGAAGGAACCUGGGAUCCUCCUGUUCCAGCCUGCAUACAGGAGGUUAGAUGCCCAGUCCCACAAAUCCAGAAUGGAAGAAGAGUAUCUGGUGACAGAAAUGUCUAUUCGUAUAAAGACAGUGUUACCUUUGAGUGUGAUCCCGGCUACACCAUGAAGGGUCACAGUCUGAGUCAGUGCCAAGCUGAUGACACGUGGGAUCCACCCUUGCCGGUCUGUGAGCCAGCCAUGUGCGUAAGCCCAGAAGUGGAGAAUGGCAGAACAAAUGGGGUACAGCCUGCCUACAGACCCAGAGACAUCGUUGUGUUUGAAUGCAACCCUGGUUACACCUUGCGCGGCAGCCCUGAGACUCAGUGCCAAGAUGAUGGUAGAUGGGAUCCUCCUGUCCCUGUCUGUGAAAGAAUGCUGCAGUGUCCCUCUCCUCCAGCCAUCGCCAACGGGAAGCCCAGCGGCCGGGACUUGGCAGUGUUCACCACUGGAACGUCUGUAAAUUACAGCUGUGAGCCCGGCUACUCCCUUACUGGGCAGGCAUCUAUUUAUUGUAUGGCAUCCGGAACAUGGAGCCUUCCCCCUCCUCGGUGUGAAGAGGUUCUCUGCAUCGCCCCAGAAAUCCAGAAUGGAAGAAAAGUUGUUGGACGUGGACCUGUCUAUAGACCCAAGGACAUGGUUAGGUUUGAAUGUGAUCCUGGCUACACCCUGAAUGGCAGUCAUCAUAUUCAGUGCCAAGAUGACGGAACCUGGGAUCCUCCUGUUCCAGUCUGCAUACAGGCCACGUGCGUAAGCCCAGAAGUGGAGAAUGGCAGAACAAAUGGGGUACAGCCUGCCUACAGACCCAGAGAUCUCGUUGUGUUCGAAUGCGACCCUGGUUACACCUUGAGCGGCAGCCCCGAGACUCAGUGCCAAGAUGAUGGUAGAUGGGAUCCUCCUGUCCCUGUCUGUGAAAGAAUGCUGCAGUGUCCCUCUCCUCCAGCCAUCGCCAACGGGAAGCCCAGCGGCCAGGACUUGGCAGUGUUCACCAGUGGAACGUCUGUAAAUUACAGUUGUGAGCCCGGCUACUCCCUUACUGGACAGGCAUCUAUUUAUUGUACAGCAUCCGGAACGUGGAGCCCUCCCCCUCCUCGGUGUGAAGAGGUUCUCUGCAUCAUCCCAGAAAUCCAGAAUGGAAGAAAAGUAGCUGGACGUGGACCUGUCUAUAGACCCAGGGACACGGUUAGGUUUGAAUGUGAUCCUGGCUACACCCUGAAUGGCAGCCGUCAUAUUCAGUGCCGAGAUGACGGAACCUGGAAUCCUCCUGUUCCAGCCUGCAUACAGGCAUUGCUGUGUCCCCCACCUCCAGUCAUUGUCAAUGGGAAGCACAAUGCCAAGCCAUUGACAGCUUUCCCCAGUGGAACAUAUGUGAACUACAGCUGUGAACCCGGCUACGCCCUCUGUGGAGAGGCUUCGAUCUAUUGUACCACAUCUGGAACUUGGAGCCACCCUUCUCCUCUAUGUGAAGAUGGCUGUGGUGUCCCAACGAGGUUAAGCUUUGCUGAGCUGAAGAGCGAGUAUAAAAAUCAGUCUUACUUUCCUGUUGGGAAGACUAUCAACUAUACUUGCCGGCCUGGAUACAGCAGACAGCCGCAGAUACCACCCACUAUUACAUGCCUUCAAAAUCGAACGUGGUCAGAAGCACUCAAGUUCUGUAAAAAGAAAUCGUGUGGUCAUCCAGGAGAGCCGGAGAAUGGCAGAGUUAUUAUAACAGAUAUCCUCUUUGGGUCAACCGUCAACUUCACUUGUGAAGAAGGGCACCAGUUGAUUGGACGGCCUUACAGACGAUGUGAGAUUUAUGAGACGCGUGUUGCAUGGAGUGGUGAAGUUCCCAUUUGUGAGAAGGUUAGAUGCCCAGCUCCACAGAUCCGGAAUGGAAGAAGAGUAUCUGGUGACAGACAUGUCUAUUCGUAUAAAGACAGUGUUACCUUUGAGUGUGAUCCCGGCUACACCAUGAAGGGUCACAGGCUGAGUCACUGCCAAACUGAUGACACGUGGGAUCCACCUUUGCCGGUCUGUGAGCCAGUGACAUGCGUAAGCCCAGAAGUGGAGAAUGGAAGAACAAAUGGGGUACAGACUGCCUACAGACCCAGAGACCUCGUUGUGUUCAAAUGUGACCCUGGUUACACCUUGAGCGGCAGCCCCAAGACUCGGUGCCAAAAUGAUGGUAGAUGGGAUCCUCCUGUCCCUGUCUGUGAAAGAAAGGUUCUCUGCAUCACCCCAGAAAUCCAGCAUGGAAGAAAAGUUGCUGGACAUGGACCUGUCUAUAGACCCAGGGACACGGUUAGGUUUAAAUGUGAUCCUGGCUACACUCUGAAUGGUAGCCGUCAAAUUCAGUGCCGAGAUGACAGAACCUGGGAUCUUCCUGUUCCAGCCUGCAUACAGGUGUUGCCGUGUCCCGCACCUCCGGUCAUUGUCAAAGGAAAACACAAUGCCAAGCCAUUGGCAGCUUUUCCCAGUGGAACAUAUGUGAACUACAGCUGUGAACCUGGCUACGUCCUCCGUGGAGAGGCUUCGAUCUAUUGUACCACAUCUGGAACUUGGAGCCACUCUUCUCCUCUAUGUGAAGGUUCCUAUAACUUCAUCUCAGUAGUCCUCGGGAUCGCAGGUGGCGUGCUGCUGCUUCUCCUGGUUACCAUCAUUAUGUGGAUUAUGUCUAAGCAGAAUGCAGGCUAUUACUAUACACAUGAAAACAAGUACCAGAUACCUUCGACCCACAUAACUGAACAAAAAAUUUCAUUUGCACCAUAGCAGGCAGGAAACCGCUUCUCAUCAUGGUCGAGUAUUUUGUCUGGAGAAUACGAAAGCAUUUCCUUCACCGUCUUUGUGGGUAAUUUACCUUCUUGCAACCAAGUUCCCUAGGGGGAAAUGCAAAGUCAUAGCAUAUUGCAACGUUAUUACUGCAGCUGCUUCCAUUAGAUGCUUAUAGCAGUUUAGUUCAUUAAGAUCAACUUUACACAGCACCAGACUGUAGCUUUUAGGCCUCCUUCAUACCCUCCUGCUGUUUGUCCAUGAAAACGUCUUGCAUGCAGACUUCUGAAAUGAACAAGACACGCUGCAGCAUCAAGGAUGCUUACUCCUCAGAUUAUGCUCUGGCCUUCUUUCCUUUUCAUGGAAAUUCUUGUUUCUGAGCAGUUGACUAAGCAAUCUGUCACCUGGAGGAGGAGAAGACACAAGGGCUGCUGAGUCUGCCUUGAUUAGAAACUGCAAGUACAAGACCCUGAACUUCCUCCUGAGCAUGCUUCAUUGAGUGCCACAGCGGUCGUCAUGAAAAGUUUGGGAAGCUUGUGUGUGUGAGAAAGGAACCUUUAAUUUUGAGGAGUUCAUGGAUUUUAUAAGAGUGCUUCAUGACUGCCAACCCUGUAUCUUUUUAGUUUUACUUGCUCUUCAAAGACACAGCACUUAAUGUCCUUCACCUUAUAGUAGAGAUACAAUCAACUUUUUACAACCCUUUGUAAUUUUUAACCCCUCUAAAAAUAAGACUAGGAUGAAAUUUUGCCUUCAAUAUUUAAUUUUUUCUUCUUGGAUCACUUACUUUAAAAUGACUUAAUAGGAAUGAAACUACAGAUUAAAUGUUUUAAUACUGAUUUUAAAUCAAAUGCUUUCUUUAAAAUGUUGUUUGGAAUUUAUAAUACUGCUAUAAGGGGGAAAAUAUUUGUUUAGAAAGGAGAUGUGAAUUUACAGCAACACAUUUUUUAAAACAAUCUUGAUAAUCUUGUGAUGCAAGAUACUGAUGAUGCCUCCAUCUUUGGAGACCUUGCCAUGUUUUUGAGCAGAGGUUCCUACACUGAAUUUCUAAUCUGAACUACAGUUAAAAGAACCUGCACACGAAGAAGCAAAUGCCUCCUUUAAACCAGGUAAAGGGACUGAUCUUGCAGUAAAAUAAUCCCUCAAUUAUACAUUGAUUGAAGGCCUUUGUGAAUGCCAGUUGCAGUACAAAGAUGUUAUGACUCAUUUUGUCCUUGAUCCAGGGAUUAAGAAUGGUCAGAUUCACAAACCACAUGUAAACUCCAGGCCUCUUGUGCUACCAGGAGACUUGUAACAAUGAUGGUGUGGUUGUCUGAUAGUGGUAAGUAGCCUAAUAGCUUUUCUACAUGGGAAAGUUGACUGAUAUAACUAAAGCAGAAUAGCUGUU